AUGUUCCUUGGUGUUGCUGGUGCUGUUGCCACUGUUACUGUAGUAGUAGUUUUUGUCGUUAUUUUGACCGUUGUUGGUGCUCCAAUUGGAAUCACUGUUUUUAUUAUAGUUGUAGUCGAUGUCGUUGCGGUCAAUGUUGUUGGUAUUAUUGGUGCCAUAGCCAUUUUCGUCGUUGAUAUUGUCGUUGCUACUGUUGUUGCUCUUGUAAUUAGCGUAGAUGCUGUAAUCGUUGUUGUCUUUAUAGUCGUAGCUACGGUCGUCAGUGUUGUUGUUACCACCAUCGGUGUUACCACCGUCGUCGAUGUUACUGUUGUUGUUAUCAUCGUCGUUAAUGUUAUUAUUGAUGUUAUUGUUACUGUGGUUGUUGUUGUCAACAAUGUUAGUGUUACUGACGCCAGUGUCGUUGGUGUUGUUAUUCUUGUAUCUAUCACUAAUGUCACUGUUGUUAUCACUGUCGUUGCUACUGUCUUUGUUGUCGUUGAAGUUGCUGCUGUUAUCUUCAUCAGUGUCAUUGUUGGUGGUGUUGUCACUGCCGUUGAUGUUGCUGUCGCCAUCGUCAUUGGUACUAUUGUCGUUGCAGUUGUCCUUGAUGUUGUAAUUAUUCUUGUCAUCGUUAUCGGUGUUCUUGCGGCCAGCGCCGUCGAUGUUAUUGUUAUCGUUGUCACUGUCAUUAAUGUUGCCGUUGUUAUUGUUGUCAUUGUCGCUAUCACUGGCGUCGAUGCUGUUGUUGGCAUCGUGAUUGGUAUUGUUGUUAUUGUUGUUAUUAGGGUUGCCGUCGUUGGUGUUAUCGUAGUUGCCACCAUCGUCGGUAAUGUUACUGUCGUUAAUAUUAAUGCUGUUUCUGGCGUCGUCGUCGGCGGUAUUACAGUUGUUAUUGCUACUGUCGUUAAUAUUGCUGCUAUUCCUGUCGUCAUUGGUAUUGUAGUUAUUAUUGUUCUUCUUGUUGAUGUUGCUGUUGUUGUUGUUGGUGAUUUUAUCAUUGUCGUUGUCGAUGUCGUUGUUGUAAUUGCUAUUACCAUCAUUGGCAUUAUUGGCGUUGUCACUGAAAUUACCGUUGCUGUUGGCCUCAUCACUGUUAUAUUUGUUACCGUCACCGGUGUCACUGUUGUAAUCACCAUCGUCAGUGUCGGUGUUGCUAUUACUGUUGUUACCAUUGUUGUUAUUGCAGUUGUUAAUAUUGUUUCUGGCGAUAUUGUCGCCGUUACUGUUGCUAGUGUUACUGUUGACAUCAUAGCUACCGCCCUCUUCGACCUUAUCGUUUCAACUCCUCUUACUAGUUUUUCUUUGAUUGCUCUAUUUCUUGUUCUUUUCGUUAUAAUGCUGGCUAUUUGCCUUAUCAACUGGAUUUUAGAUUCAUUCUGA